AUGGAUACUAAUACAAUUAGAUCCGCUCUUCAUAGACAAAUUUGGGAUUUGCGAUCCCAGGUAAGAUCGGUCCAGGAUCAUGGGAUCCUUUUCUAUCAGAUAGGAAGGGCUGUAGCACAAAAUGUACUUUUAAGUAAUUGCCCCAUAGAUCCUAUAUCUAUCUAUAUGAAAAAGAAAUCAUGUAACGAAGUGGAUUUUUAUUUGUACAAUUGGUACUUCGAACUUGGAACGAGCAUGAAGAAAUUAACGAUACUUCUUUAUCUUUUGAGUUGUUCUGCCGGAUCGGUCACUCAAGAUCUUUGGUCUCUACCCGGACCCGAUGAAAAAAAUGGGAUCACUCCUUAUGAACUCGUUGAGAAUGAUUCUGGUCUAGUUCGUGGCCUAUUAGAAGUGGAAGGCGCUCUGGUGGGAUCCUCACGGACAUGCAGUCAGUUUGAUAAGGAUCGAGUGACAUUGCUUCUUCGACCCGAACCAAGGAAUCCCUUAGAUAUGAUGCAAAAAGGAUCUUGUUCUAUCCUUGAUCAGAGAUUUCUCUAUGAAAAAGACGAAUCGGAGUUUGAAGAGGGGGAAGGAGCCCUCGACCGGCAACAGAUAGAGGAGGAUUUAUUCAAUCACAUAGUUUGGGCUCCUAGAAUAUGGCGCCCUUGGGGCUUUCUAUUUGAUUGUAUCGAAAGGCCCAAUGAAUUGGGAUUUCCCUAUUGGUCCAGGUCAUUUCGGGGCAAGCGGAUCAUUUAUGAUAAAGAGGAUGAGCUUCAAGAGAAUGAUUCGGAGUUCUUGCAGAGUGGAACCGCGCAGUACCAGACACGAGAUAGAUCUUCCAAAGAACAAGGCCUUUUUCGAAUAAGCCAAUUCAUUUGGGACCCUGCAGAUCCACUCUUUUUCCUAUUCAAAGCUCAGCCCUUUGUCUCUGUGUUUUCACAUCGAGAAUUAUUUGCAGAUGAAGAGAUGUCAAAGGGGCUUCUUACUCCCCAAACAAAUCCUCCUACAUCUCUAUAUAAACGCUGGUUUAUCAAGAAGACGCAAGAAAAGCACUUCGAAUUGUUGAUUAAUCGCCAGAGAUGGCUUAGAACCAAUUGGGGAUCUUUUAUAUGUAUCGAAAUAUCCACAACUCAAUAA